CUUCUAUACAUCUUGCAACAAACAACAUUCUGAGGUUGUCAAAUUACUACAAAAUAAUCAAUAACAAAAUUUCAUUACUCGAAAAGAAAAGUCUAUAUUAAAAGGAAAUUCAUUAAAAGAUAUAGAAAGCUACUGCGUUCGUUUGCCAAUGUUCAUCUGAAGAUCACUUUUAAAAAUGGGACUUCCUGAUUUACCUGGCCAAAAUGAGGAUGAUGGAAACUUCUGUGUAGAUAACGAUAACGUCAUUAAUAUGGAAGUAACGACAGAUGAAAGUGAGAAUGAUUCAGCAGAAGAGAGUGAAUAUUUGGGAUACCAACCACUUAGUGCAAAUGAAGGAUUGGAUACAUUCGACGAUGAUGACGGAUCUGAAACAGCACAAACAACAAUUCUAGAAAACGUGCCAAAUUCAGCCAUGUAUCAAUACAACCCAGAGCUUUUUAAUGUAGAUGUUUGGAACGCACCAAGGCCAGAUGAACUAAGUUUUGAAAUUGAUACUGCAAAAGCGGAACAGAUCGUGAAUGUAAUGGCUGGAAUAAAUCUACCUAACUCAUCUGUUCCGGCGUGGGCCGAAGGUAUCCCUGAAGAGCGUUGGAAAGAGGCUUUAUUACAACGGAUUCGUCAACGACAUACCACGUGCACAAAUGAUGCUGGUAUUUUGGAGAAGUAGCCGUUAAUGCUAUUUCAUAUGUGAUAUGUUGAUGUGUUUUGUCAAAUGAAACAAAGUUUCAAUAAAAACAUUGGAAACAAA